CACUUUCAUCCUCCAUUGUAGACGUACCACUGCAUUGCCUCGCCGGGAUUGUAUACAACGAGCAACAUUCCACGAUACGCUGGUUUCCAUCCGCAGCAGACUCACCGACGUUUCCACCAAAGAAACCGGAUCCUCGAGAACCUGCCUACCUCCCCAAGGACUGGACAGCAAGGAUCGAUAGAAGACUCAGACACACACACACACACCUAGACACAACAGCACAGCCAUGAACGUCGACACCAUCUCCGACUUCCUCGCCGAGCAGCGCGACCAGGCGCCCGAAGAACUCCAACCCCUCGUCCUUGAGUUCGAGACACUAUGGGAGCGCAAGCUGUGGCAUCAGCUCACCAACCUGCUGCUUGAGUUCUUCAACCACCCCGGCAGUGCCCCGCAGAGGCUACAGUUCUACAAGGUCUUCAUUCUCAAGUUCGCCGACAAGAUCAACCAGCUCAAGCUCGUUGAUCUUGCUCUCAAGGCCGCCACACAAUGUAGAGACAACCAAGAGCGCCUCUCCUUUUUGGAAGCCGUCGUCAAGAAGGUCGACCACGAAGACUCUCAAGACGCCUAUGUAUUCGCCACGAUCGCCGUUGCCCGCGUGAAGCUCGACCUCUCCGACCUUGACGGCGCGCGCAAGGACCUGGACACGGCCGAGCGAAUCCUCGACAACUUCGACUCGGUGGAGUCGGUCGUGCACGCCGCCUUCUACGACACCAACGCUAAAUAUUUCCAAGCCAAGUCCGACUGGGGCUCCUACUACAAGAACGCGCUGCUGUACCUCGCCUGCAUCGACGUCAAGUCACUUUCACUCGAGGAGCAGCGCCAGCGCGCCUACAACCUGGCCAUCGCGGCCCUCGUCAGCUCGAGCAUCUACAACUUUGGCGAGCUUCUGCUGCACCCCAUCCUCGACGCCCUCACCAUCGACGACCGGCACAAGUGGCUGCACCAGCUCCUCUUUGCCUUCAACCGCGGCGACCUCGCCACAUACGACCUACUGGCCAGCCACAUCAGCUCGGACCCGCUGCUGGCGCAGCACACGCGCCAGCUGCGCGAGAAGAUCUAUCUGGCGGCGCUGACCGAGGCCGUGUUUCGCCGCCCGCCCCAUGACCGCGCCAUGUCUUUCUCCACCAUCGCGAACGAGACCAAGGUACACCCCGACGAGAUCGAGCAUCUGAUCAUGAAGGCGCUGAGCUUGGAUCUGCUGCGGGGCACGAUCGACCAGGUUGACGAGGUGGCCCACAUCAACUGGGUGCAGCCCAAGGUGUUGGACAUGCAGCAGAUCAAGAACAUGAGGCAACGGCUGCAAGAGUGGGAUUCCAGUGUUGACAAGCUUGGUAACUGGAUCGAGGGUGUGGGCCAGGAUGUUUGGGCUUAAAGGCUGGACGAAUCUACGGACGGUGAGACGAGAUGGGAACAAUUCGGGCGUUCAAACGGAUGGCAUCAAACCUGGAGAUACAGGAGUAAACCUAAUGCUUAGAUCAGGGAACAAGGCCAGCUAAAGGCAUGAUGUUAUUCCGCUGCAUGAGGCAGACCGACUUUACAUGAUACAUAUGAAUACCCUUAACGC